GCCAAAAUUUGAAAGACUACCUCCAACGAAGUGGGAAAUUCGAACAAAAUAAAAAGUUGCCAAGUAAAAGUGAAAGAAUAAAAAUCCAGAGCCUGAUUGAAGUGCCUGCAAGUUUUCAUGUGUUUGUCUCCAACUAUUGUGAUAUUCUUAUCAAGUUAUGGAAGCUUGUGGAAUUUUAAUUGAUCUGAGUGAACCAGUAGAAACCAGCCCACCAAAGCCUGUUCAGUGUAAAAGCCCCAGCCAAUCAGAAAGCAGAAACAAUAGUACAGAGACCAAUGAGAAAAGGUUGGAGGAAGAUGACAACUCGUUAGCUGAUUCAAUAGAAAUAGAGAGAAGUUCUGACAGAAGAGGCAGCUACACUAUUGACAGACCCAGCCUGUUGCAGGAUCUGGAUGAAAUUACAGCUGAGAGUGACAUUAGAAAAAAUGAGGCGAAAAUCAUUUCUCCAGACAUUCAGCUUUUAGAGGAUGAAGAAUUUGAUUUUGAUCUGCCGAUUUCUCCAGCAGUUAGGACCAUACAUUCACUAAAUGCAGAGGAAGAAGAUGAAGAAGUUUUUAUUGGACCUGUGGGAUUUACAGAAAAAUGUGUUGCUUCAGUUGUGUCAGAAAUUGCACCUAUUGAGGAACCCCUAAAACCCCUCAGUCCCCUCAAACCUCACCAAAUAGCCGAGAUCUUCAAGGAGGCACAGCUGGUAGUAUACAGAAUUAACAAUAAGGAGAAAGAUGGGGAUGGUAAGGGGGGUAACUCUAAGUCAGAAUCGAGGAAUGGAAAUGUGCACACUCCAGUGAAACAUCAGAGGAAAGGUACCUACACUGAAAGCCCCGAGGCGUUUGUUCGAUUACCGGAGAAUGUUGUAAAAGCAAUGCCUGUGAUAGAUUUUGAAAUUGAGGACCCUUUCCAAAAGAAAAGUGAGGAGGACAAGGAAAAUUUUAGUGGGAAGGGAAUUAAUUUUACUUCUCCCAAGAACAAAAAACUACCCAGGUGCAAGCUGUCUAACAAGGAGAAUGCAACAAAGACUGGAAGUUCCCGAUGGUUCAGUGACGGUCUCGCUAGCGAUACAGACGAUACCAGUAGUGUAACAUCAGACACUAGUGAGGCUUCAGCUACCAAGAUUCCGAUCACGAGGCCGGGUGCAGCUGAAACCAAGAUUUCCAAAAAGGAAUCUGGGUUGAAGAGACCUUCGAUGCUAAAACCCCCAGGUGCUGCCAGUAAAUCAAAUGAAAAUCUCACCACAGUCAGCAAUAAAUCAAUCACUAAAACAGCCAGUGUAUCUGUUGGGAAGUCAAAGGCCAUUCCUACCUCUAAUGCACGAAGGAGUUUGAAUACCAGUAACAGAAAGUCUUUAGGGUUAAACACUACAGGGAUCCCAAAAAGCAUGAAACCUUCUAGCAUUACCAACAUCAAACAGAAUAGCAAAGAGGCAACUGUAGAACCCAGAAAGGGACCCUCCACCAGAUUAAGUUUGAUGAAGCCCAGCAGUAUUCAGAAGCCAGCAAUAAAGUCACAAACAACAGAAGUUAAAAGUAAAGUCGGUCCACUAAAGGCUUUGCCAAAUUCCUCGAACGUUUCAGGCAAAAUGGAGAAAGCGAAGCCAGCCUUAAACAAACAGAUGUUGUUGAAUCCAGAAGUGUGCACCCCAGUGAAGCCUGACAAAAAAGUCCAACCCAAAUUACUGUCACAUGACUUUACCACCCCAGUCCGAUCUAAUUCAGUUAGUUCUUCUACACCUGCCUCUGUUCAGAGAAAAUCAUUUCUGCCGACUCCUCAGAAAACGCGAAGCGGCUCCACCAGUGCUCUGCCUCAACCAAGUUCUUUGGUGAAGUCCAGCAGUACCUCCUCACAGAGAGCAAACAUGUCUGCUUCUCCUUUUGUCUCACGUACUCUGACAAGCACAGGAAAUCAUACAAGGAAAGAAAUUUCCAAAAGUAGGCACUCCAUUGCAGGGAAAACCAGUCCUUUAAAGACAAGUGUGAAGAAAACUGGAAUCACAGCCGUUUAUCAGGGUCGCAGAAGCUUUAGCAUGUACAAGUCCGCUAAGUAAUCACCAGACACAUGAAGAAGAUGUACAAUGUAUAUCAAGAACAUAGAAUGGAUUCGUAGAAUUGUAGAGAAUUAUCGAAAAUUCAAGAGUUUUUAUUGUGAAUUUUUUUUAUCCUUUUGCGCUGAGACGAGAUGUUGGGAGGCAUUUCUGUUGGUCUGUCGUUCUACAGCGUUAAACCUGGAUUCUUUUUAUGUCGCUUCAGGGACAUUGUGUAAUUCAUAGAGACCAAGGGACAUAUCUCUGUUGGGAGCAUUAUGUUUUCACGAACACACCAUUUUAAAAUUUCAAUGUGUAUUGUUAAAAUGAUAAUGUAGUUAUGUUCAAUUGUACAAAGAUGUUUUAAUUUUAUUUCAUGUCGCUGUGUUAAAUGUUCAGUUUGUAUGAGCAUUGUUGUGAAAUAAGGGAAAACAAACUAAUUCUGUAAUCACAAAGGACUUGAGACGUAUGGAAGAUUUCAGAGUAGACUAGUUUUCCCUUUAUUUAGUGAAGUUAUCGCUAGGCAGUAACAAAUACCUCAAUCAGAUAUCUGUGUGACUAUCUCCCCAAAGUUGACCAAUGGUUUUCAUUUAAUAACAUGUGUAUUCUUAUAAAACUUUGAAUAUAAUAAAAGAUAUUGAUGUGUAAUUUAUCAUUGCUUGGUUAUUAAAUUCAAUUAAUUUUUGUAACCUCAGUGUAUGUACUAUAAAUGUAGAUAGCUGUGUAUUAAAUGUGUCUUAAUGCAUAUAUGAACAUAAUGAAAACAUUAGCUUGUUUGACUAGCAAUUUGUAUUCAUCAUGUGUUAAAAAGUAAAAAAAAAAAAAAAAAGAUUGAUAGAAUUACUGUAUCUGCAAGUAUUAAGCUCUGAUGAAAAAAUGUGUGUGAAAAUCCAUGCUGACUUUUUCUUUGUGUGACUUGUGUAUAAUGUAAUGACUAUAAAAUAGUACUAUAUUUUUAUAAAGAAAAUUUUUAAAAAUUCAGAUUUCUACCUUGUGUAAGGAAAUGCAGCUCAAUUUGUAGGUUUAACUAAUAUCUGUUGAUGAGUAGAAUUGAUUCUCAUGUAGUAAGCUCUUUGUCGGAUAUAAUCUGUGGGUUACUUACUGUUGGAUAACUUCUCUGCGUGUUGAAGCAUUGGCCAAGUCUUUCUAAGCUUUGUUGUUAAGACCUUUGAUAAAAUUAUGUUUGUUUUUCCAUUAUACCUACCAAACAAUUAAUGAAAUAUGACUACAUUCUGUGACAGUGUAGAGUGUUCAAUAUUUACACGAAAAACAAAUAUAGUUUUAACUUGGCCUAUCAUGUGCAUCAUUGUGAUAUCUCAUUGUGAUUACUCCAAAUAAAUUUGAAAAACAAAA